AUGUCCAGCACCCCAAACACAGCUCAACCCACAGCCUCUCCUUCUACCUCAAACGCAUCUUCCACAGCCACCUCAAGUACGCAAGACCACAAGCAAGCCUCUGCCUCUCAUGCGGCCUCAAACCCACCGCCGAACGCGCCUCUUCCAGACUCAGACUCCGACCUCUCAGACGCACCAGACAGCCCCGUCUACCCUUCCUUCACAAACUCCCCAACCCUCCUCCGCAACGCGCCUCCUUCAGACACAGACUCCGAACUUUCCGACGCACCCGACAACCCUGUCUGGCCUGAGGCUCCCCGAGUUCCACCAACGCCGCCUCGUUGCACCGAACUAGACUGUCCCGUAAGGCAGGCAAUCCGUCGUCAUAAUCAAGGGCCAUACCUCCACAACGGCGAGCAGCCGUGGAUAAAAAAGACUAUGUUCGGGGAGAGCAAUCCGCCACCCCAUGUGUGGGAGUCGUGGAUGAAGAUCCAGGCUGGGGAUCGUAGCAGUACUGUCGAGGAUGACUGGAACGUUUUGUCGUUCUUAAGAUGGCACGUUCGUGAUCCAAAUACCAAUUUCGAGGGCAACUGA